AUGGUGGUUAAAACCGAUCUAGAAGCAGCAUCCGCCAAUGACAAGCCAUCCACUGGCGGACAAUGGCUGUCACAAUGGCACAAUUAUAAUUUUAAUCUCACAUCACAAUGGUUCCGCAACCAAUACGACAGUGACGUCACAGUAUGGAGCCCCCAGGGCCGUCUCCAUCAAGUGGAAUACGCUAUGGAGGCAGUAAAACUAGGCUCAGCCACGGUUGGACUUAAAAAUAAGCAGUUUGCCGUCCUGAUAGCUCUCAAGAGGGCCGUCAGUGAAUUGUCAGCAUAUCAGAAGAAGAUCAUUCCUAUCGAUGAUCAUAUUGGUAUUUCAAUAUCUGGAUUAACCGCUGAUGCUAGAAUGCUAAGCCGUUUCAUGAGAACGGAAUGCCUCAAUCAUCGUUAUGCUCAUGAUGCACCAAUGCCAGUCGGCAGGCUUAUAUCUCUUGUGGGCAACAAGAUGCAGAUAUGUACUCAGCGGUAUGAUAAGCGACCUUUAGGAGUCGGCUUGCUGGUAGCUGGGUAUGAUGAUCAAGGACCUCAUAUAUAUCAGACAUGUCCUUCAGCCAAUUAUUUUGACUGCCGUGCUAUGGCUAUCGGUGCACGAUCGCAAUCCGCAAGGACUUAUUUGGAGAAACAUCUUAAUACUUUCCUUGAUUGUGAUCUAAAUGAACUUGUAGCUCAUGGCUUAAGAGCAUUGAGAGAUACACUGCCAAAUGAGGUUGAUCUCAACAAUAAGAAUGUGUCCAUAGCGAUUGUUGGGCCGAAUACACCAUUGAGGAUUGCCGAAGAUCCUGAUUUGAGUCGUUACCUGUCUCUAGUGGAAGGAGAGGAGCGUCGCGGGGGGGCGAGCGCUACGGGGGACGCGGGGGGCCCGGCGGAGGGGGAGGGGGAACCAGCCGCUCAGGUUCAGGGAAGGUAUAAAAGAUGA